AUGAGUAAUGAAGCAGUAGCAGGAUUUAUUGUUACAAAAACUAUCUAAUAAAAUCCUUUAAGGUAUUAUGAUGCUAAUUUCAAUGAUUAUCGUGAUAAAAAUAUGAUCAUGUAUAUUUAGAAAAAAUAUGCAGAUCUAAAAAGUAAAGUUUUAAUUUCCUGUAGAACGAACUGGAGUUAAAAUCUUACCAAAAUAAACCUUUGCUAGUUCGUAAUUACAAGUGAAAAUGAAAGCUUAAGAAAGUAAUAAAGAAUAUUAAGCAAAUUAUGAUUUAUAACCUGAAGUUUUAGAAAUCAUGUAAAGAGUUCUUGAUAAAGAAUAAUUAGAGAACUUACUAAAUUUUUAGGUGAUCCCAAAAAGAUCAAAGAAUUGGAAGAAAAAACCUGUAUCUGUUUAACAGAAAUUAGCAAUGAUGAUGAAUGAUAAUAUAGAAUAAGCUGAACUAGAUGAUUUGUAUAAAUGUUACAAACGGUAAAAUCUGAAGCAAAAUGUAUAUAAAAAAUAUAGUAUAGCUUAAAGAAAUAAAGACAUCUUAAAAAAUCUAAAAAGAUGCCAGUAAGAGUAAAGGAAAAUAUUAAGGAUAUUAAAAUAUUGAAUUAGAAGAUUAGGAAUAAGUUAAUUUUUUUAUGAAAAAGCUUUGUGAAGAUUAAAAUAUAAAUGCUUGUACAGUAUUAGAUAUUUAAAAUAGUAAAUAUGAAAUAUAAUUUUAGAUGAAUUAACGUUUAAGGAAGAUUAAUGGGAUGAAAUGGAAAGAUGGAAAAACAUUGUUUAAAAAAGAAUUACAUAAGAAUAAUUAUUAGAGAUUAUGCAUGAAGAAGAAUUAAAAUAAAAUAAAGAAUUAGUCAAGAUAUUUAAAGAAACAAGAAUAGAUUAAUUUGAUCCUGAUUUUUUUAAAAGUAAGGUUAAAAUGACAACUAUGAAAAGAGUCAAUUAAGCACAGGAUUCCUAAUAUCAUAAAUUUUUUGUAUCAACAGAAAAUUAAGUUACUGGUUUUUCUUAAGAAGAUUUUAGAAGAAAAAACUAACCGUAUUAAACACCAAAAAGAAAUUUAAUGGAGAAUUUGAGUAAAGUUUCAAAGUCAACAAGACCUUAGACAAGUGUGAGUAGAACACUCAAAACUUAAACAAGUAUUAAAACAGAAAUAGAGUUUAAUAAUUUCUUAAAGAAAUGUGAUGUUGUUGAUAAUAAUUUUAAAAAGGAGAAACACAUGUUAAAAGAGAAAUUUUGUUCUCUUGAUAAUAUAAUGGAGAAAGCUAGUUAGUAUUUAUCAAUUGAUAAACCCUAAUUUGAAAAAGAACCUAAUUAAGAAUUUGAGAAAUUUUAAAAGUAAAGAUUAUUCAAGAAAAAGUUCGUUAAUUAUUUGAUUGAUAAAGUUGAAAAAUAAUAAGAUUUAUUGAGUGAGAAAAUAAAACAAACUUAAUCUAAGUAGUUUAUAGAUAGAAUGUUAUAAGAAGAAUAAUGAUGUAG